UCAAGAUGAGAAGCAACUUUGUUUUGCUGUGGGUCCUUAUAUCUCUGCAUUGCUUCUUUACCACAUACGGCAUUUGGGAAAGCAGAUUUGUUAGAAGAAGGUGCAAAUGUUUAAAAACAACCAAUAAUGCCAUUCCGCGUGAACAUUUUCAACAUGUUAAAGUUUUGCAUGAAACACAAAAUUGCAGAAAAAAAGAAAUCAUCAUUUUUCUAAAGAACAGUAAUAUUGUGUGUGUGAAUCCAAAAGCUGAAUGGGUUAAAGUGGAGAUAUUAAAUGAAAAGGUAAAAUAAAAGAAGAGCAAGAACUAUGGACAUUUUCAAUUUUUUCUGCCGUUCCAAUGCAUCUUCAUAUCACAUAAAAUGGGUCACCAAGCUGAAUGUUUAAAAUAUACUCAGCAACCAUUAAUCCUUUCAUGUACAAAUAAAACCUAAAUUGUAAAUAAAAAAAUUACACUAACUGCC